AUGUCACCACCGCUGCUGCCUGUCCAGUCUAUCACAACACAAAGCGAUCCAUCUGUCAACUCGAUCAUGCCGCCUGAUCUUCGAUGUCCCCCUAAGCGAUGUAUUUCCCGUGUAGUUACCACCACGAAGGACCUUACCGCUGAUCGACGACAGCCGCCGAUCCGAGCGGUUUCCUCGUCGGGCUUCUUCGAGAUGCAAAUUUUGGAGAUAGCCAACACCAACAGCCAUCUACUGUCCGGAUACUGCUGCGGUCUGCCGGCGGACAAGCAGCAAACCCAAACGACUGGAUGUCCGGCAUGUUCAACGGCGUUCAGUUUGUGCCUGAAAGAGUACCAGGGCACGACGUCCAGUGCUCAGCAGCAGCUGCUGCUUAAAAGUGGCCAGCAGCAGCAGCAGGCAGGAGUCAUCGUCGGUGGCGGGGGUGGAUCUGGCACCCAUCAGCAGCGAGUGGAAGCCCUGGAACAGCAGCAGCAGCAACCCUCGGCCAUGUACGGGUGUGCAUUCGGGAACGCCAGCACUCCGGUGCUGGGAAGUUCGAGUUUCGUCCUGUCCGACUCGGAAGUCGGUCGGGUCACGCUGCCCUUCACGUUCCGGUGGACGGGACCAGUCCAGCAUACCUUACACAACCGCCUGGGCGGCUGGACGGCGCGUCUGGUCCGGUCCCGCGGUCCGAGUCUGGUGCCGCGCAAUUAUAUCUCGCUGAUGUGA